CAUUCCAUAUCGCCUCCUUGAAGCCCUCCAACGGCGCAGAUAUUUCCUUGCUUUUUUAGGCAAAAUGUUGAAAAACUGGUGAUAAUAAAAAGAAGCCCUGUUUAGCUAUAAAGGGAAGCCCCAUCCUUUCUCCUCCCUUUCUCUUUCUUACCUGUCCCCCCCUCCCCUCUCCUGGCUCUCGCUCUCUCUCUCUCUCUCAGUUCUUUCUCGGACGGGUGUCUGUGCGUGGCUUUUGAUCGGUCAUCACCUGAGGCCGCGUCUGCAAGCAAGUGAAGAAGGAGGACAAGGAAUAUGGCGAGAGAGAAGAUCAAGAUCAAGAAGAUAGACAAUGUGACGGCGAGGCAGGUGACGUUUUCUAAGAGGAGACGAGGGCUUUUCAAGAAAGCCGGAGAGCUGUCGGUCCUGUGCGAUGCCGAGGUCGCUGUCGUCAUUUUCUCGGCUACCGGCAAGCUCUUUGAGUACUCCAGCUCCAGCAUGAAGGACACUCUUGAGAGGUACACCCUCCACCACAAUAAUCUUGAGAAUAUGGACCAACCUUCUCUCGAGCUGCAGGUACUCUCUCUCAGAUCUGAGCUGGAGCAUAGCAAUAACAUGAGGUUAAGCAAGGAAGUGGCAGAAAAGAGCCAUCGACUCAGGCAGUUGAGGGGUGAGGAUCUUCAAGGACUGAAUAUAGAGGAGCUGCAGCAAUUGGAGAAGAUGCUUGAAGCUGGACUUAACCGUGUGCUGGUGACCAAGGAAGAACGAAUUAGGACUGAGAUCACUGAUCUAGAGACAAAGGGAGCAGAGUUGAUUGAAGAAAACAAGAUGUUAAAGCAGACAAUGACUACAUUGACCAAAGGAAAGCGGCAUAUUGUCACGGAGCCAGAUGUUGCACUUCCGGAGGAAGGGGUGUCAUCCGAGUCUGCUACCAAUGUGUGCAGCUGCAAUUCCGGCCCUCCUUUGGAAGAUGAUGGCUCUGAUACAUCCCUCAAACUUGGGCUUCCUUUCUGAAAGCUUAACUUGGAGAGUAACUGAUGAUUCAAAGGGAUCUCAGUUUCUUAUAAUUACAAGAACCUUCAAUGUGUAGUCGUUAAUGGUUAUCUCGACGGAUGUAUAAUAGUGCCUGUAACUAUUUUUCCAUUCCCAGAAGCUUUGAUAUGUUGUAUGUAUGCUUUAACAUGAGUGAUAAAUGUUUAGUGAAUAUAUAUUACUAUAUAGUUGGCUCCACCUUUUGGAGAAAUUUAAAUAUUAUCAAGCAUCGA